UGCCUCUGCCCUGAAGCCUUUCUCCAGCCUGAAAUGUAUAAAAUGAAGAAUGAUGAUGUGACCUUUUUCUUUGCAAGCAGCAAACCUUGUGAUGGCCCUGGAGCUGGAGGCGUGCCGAGCACAGGCAGGGAUUGGGAGCUCCUGUGGUCCAUGUGAGGAGGCCAGCGAGGCGGCAGGGAUGCUGCAGAGCCACCUUUGUCCUUGCAGGUUUGUUUGAGCCGGGCAGUUCCAUCUGAGCCCACAGCGAGCAGCCGGGGCUGGAGGGUGUCCCAGGGUAGAAGACAAAGCCUGGGAAGAGACACUGGGGCCCUUCUGAAGGUCUCGGUGUGCCCGGUGCUAUGCGAUGCUCCCUGAAGCGCUCCCUCUCGGCUGCGCUCGCAGCCUCCUUCCUCCUCCUCCUCUUCCUCUACGGGGGCAGCCGGCAGGAACAGGAUCCCCCAGAGGUGGAGCUCGGGGCCUUGGCCCCAGACGCGGUCCUGCAGCUGCUGCAGCCGGAAGGAGCCCAGCGCAUCCUCAGGGACAUGGGCGGCCUCUCUGCACUCCACAACGUCUCCUACCACCUCCUGGCUGGCUCCCUGUCACCCCACAAAAAAUUCCUGGCGGUGGGAUUGGCAUCGGUGCAGCGGCCGCGUGGCUACUACCUCCCGGCCACGCUCCAGUCCCUCUUCAAGCAGUCGACAGAGGAGGAGCUGCAGGAGAUGGUGGUGGUGGUGCACUUGGCUGACGCCGACCCCACGUGGAACGUGCGUGUGGCCGCCAACAUCGCCACCAGGUUUGCUCAGCACAUCCUCCUGGGCCGGCUCCUGCUCAUCCACGCUCCCCACGAGUUCUACCCCACCCUGGAGGGCCUCAAGAGGAACUUCAAUGACCCGGAGGAGCGGGUGAGGUUCAGGUCCAAGCAGAACGUGGACUACGCUUUCCUGCUUGCCUUCGCUGCCAACCUCUCCUCCUACUACCUGAUGAUCGAGGAUGACGUGUGGUGCGCCAAGUCCUUCCUGAUGGCCAUCCGCAAGGCUCUGGCUUCCCAGGAGGGCUCCAACUGGGCCACGCUGGAGUUCUCCAAGCUGGGCUACAUCGGGAAGCUCUACCGCUCCAGUGACCUUCCUCGCCUGGCUCGCUUCCUCCUCCUCUUCUACCAGGAGAUGCCCUGCGACUGGCUGCUGGUGCACUUCCGCCUCCUGCUCACCCAGAAGGAUGCUAUCCGCUUCAAGCCCUCCCUCUUCCAACAUAUGGGCCUCUACUCCUCCUUCCAGGGCACCGUCAACAGGCUGGAGGAUGACGACUUCCAGGCUGAUGCCAUGGACCUGCCGGACAACCCUCCAGCGGCCUUGUUCACCACCAUGUCUGUCUUUGAGAACUACGAGCCCCUCAAGGCCUACAGCACCGCCGAGGGGUACUUCUGGGGGAAGGACCCAGCAGCCGGCAGCACCUUCUCCAUCGUGUUCCAGCAGCCGGCCCGUGUCACCCGUGUCCGGGUGCGCACCGGCUCUGCCGAGCGCCGGGGGGACAUCCUGCACGCCGGGGUGCUGGAGCUGGGCCGGCGGCGCCGCGACGAUGGCCGGGACUGCUCUGCCUACACCAUGGUGGGCAUCUUCGAGAAGGGGAGCUGUGAGCGGCGGGGGCUGGAGAGGGGCGUCCCAGGGCCUGUGGAGUGUGUUAGGAUCCGGGUGACCCGGGACCAGAGCGAGUGGCUCAUCAUCCAAAGCAUCGAGAUCUGGACCGCGGCGGGCACCUGACCGUGGAGGAGGCAGGUUACAAACGUCGGUGCAGUUUGUACUCAGAGGUUCCUUGGUUUCCCUGCUCCCUUUUUUUUGGAUGAGGAAUUAAAUUAUUGGCUCCUG